UGUUCUAGUACCUGUAAACAUUGUAAAUUAUUAUAAAGUAAAAUGUUUAAUGUACCUAUAUUCUGUGUUUAAUAGUAAUCUUAAUAUUCAAUUCGUUAUCACCUAUACCUAACAAAAAAGGCAUUGUUUUUUUCUAGAUACAAUGGUUCUCUGUUUUAUUUGUAAUAACGAAUUGUACAGUGGAAGUACACAGGUGUGUUCAAGCAUGACACCACUCAGUAAUACACCAUUCUCAGAAAAAUUUCCUGAGAUGCUGGGAAAAGAAUAUGAGGUGAUUGUAACCCCUGCUGAUCAGAUGUGCAUGAAAUGUGCCUUACUUUUGAUUCACUUCGACGAUUGUGAAAAUAAAAUUAAAGUCUACAAAAAUUGGAUAGUGUCGAUACAAAUAGGACGUAGAACAUUGCUUCCUGAUCAGGCUAUUGAGGUUGUUGAGGCUGCUCAAGAAACUCACGAUAGUGUUGAGAAAGAAGUUGGUCAAGACAAUGCAAAUGACGUUGAACCAAUGUUAGCCACAAUUGAUGACGAUAAUCUUCCAACUAACAGUAGAGAUACACAACACAAUGCUUAAGAUGUAUACAAUUUAUUUACAAUCAAU